AUGAGUUUACCUGUCUUGGAUGCUCGAAAGUAUUAUAUCUUAACUAGUGCUGGGAAACCGGUUUGGUCUACUGAAGAAGAUUGUGAUGAUAAAGAGGGAGGCGAUACAACUGGUUUGAUGGGCUUGAUGCAGGCUGUUAUUUCAAUCUUUGAAGAUGAUGGUGAUGAGCUAAGAUACAUCGAUUCGGGUAGUGUCAAGAUCGCAGUGAUGCUCAAAGCUCCCCUUUAUCUACUGGUGGUCUCUAAUUGGGGAGAACCCGAGUCAACUCUUCGAUUACAUUUAGAAUAUUUACAUUUACUUAUUCAAUCAAUUCUAUCACUUAGACAACUUCAUCAAAUGUUUGAAAGAAGAUCGAAUUAUGAUCUGAGAAGAACAUUAAGUGGAACUGAAAGUAUUUUUCGUGGAAUGGUAGAUCGAUUACAAUGGGAUUUUAGUAUUAUGAUGAGUGCUUUGGAAGUCUUUAAUUGUGAUCCUAAGAUUAGGGAUCGGAUUGGAAGAAUUGUGAACUUGGAUACGGUGGCACGUAAAUUAUUAUAUUCAAUAGUUUUAAUCAAUGGUAAAGUAGCUUGCUUAGUUCGCCCCAAGCAACAUAGCGUACAUCCAUCAGAUUUACAUUUGAUCAUCACUACAGUCUUAUCAUCUUACUCAUUACAAACAUCAGAAUCAUGGAUUCCAAUCUGUUUACCAGGCUACAAUUCCACUGGAUUCUUACAUGCCUAUAUUAGUUUCUUACCUGAACCUAAAUCAUCGAUUGGAUUAAUCUUUGUUUCAGGUGAUCGAAAUGGAUUUUUUAAUUUAAAGAAAUGGUUAGAAAGAAUUCAAAAUGAAGAAAUUUGGAAUGAAUUAUCAUUGAAACUUGGAGGCGAAGGCAAUGGGUAUUCACUUGAACAAGUUGGGAUUCCUGGCCUAAGACAUUUUGUUUUUAAACAUAAAGCUUUGGUUCAAGUUAGUUUUCCGAUUUGGGAAGAUGAUUAUCUUAAACUUGAAGAUCGUAGAAGGUUGGUAACUACCUAUCAGAAAGCCUAUGAUUUAAUGCAUCCUAAGUUGAGUAGAGUAAAAGAUGAUAAAAGACCACCUAUAACAUUUAUUUAUCUUAGAAAUGAAGGAGAAGCGAUUAUUGGAUGGAAUACAUCAACACAUGAACUUUAUAUGGCAGUUUCUCCUAUGUUGUCUAAGAGUGCGGCUAUUUCUGUGGCUCAUUCUGUUGUGAAAUGGGUUAAGACGAGAGAAAGUUCAUUGUUUUUGACUUCUGCACCAGCUUUUUGA